AUGGAGAGAGUACACUCAAUUGGUAAUAAGAUGACCCAUGAAGCAUCCGGUCAUGAAGUCCAUUCCAAUCCAGGACCGCAAGGUGGAUUAUGGCUCCGAUUCCUUACGUAUACCAAAUGGUAUCCAAAAGACAUGUCACACCCAGAGAAGAAGCUGGUCCUCAAACUGGAUAUCAUGAUCCUAGUCUUUGGCUGUCUUUCAUUCUUCACCAAAUACCUUGAUCAGCAGGCGAUCACCAAUGCCUAUGUAUCAGGCAUGAAAGAAGACCUCAAUCUGCACAGCAACGAGUUGAACUACAUAACAGCGAUAUUCUGGGCUGCGUAUUGCACCUCCAUGAUACCAGCCUGCUACUGGCUAACGCGCACCCGGAUCAACAUCGCGCUACCGACCCUGGAAGUUGGAUGGGGACUCUUCACAUUUGGCUGCGCUUGGGCGCAGAACCUGAAUACAAUAUACGCAAUGCGGUUCUUCAUCGGGGUCUGUGAGUCUUGCUCCUUCACCGGCGUCAUUUAUGUCAUCGGGUCGUGGUAUAAGCCCGGCGAGGUGACGCGUCGGGUUGCGCUCUUCUUUGUUGCUUCGCCACUUGGGACUAUGUUUGCGGGCUAUCUGCAGGCUGCUGCUUAUACAAAUUUAGAGGGGAGACAUGGAUUGCCUGGGUGGAGAUGGUUGUUCAUUAUUUGCACUAUUAUCACAAUUCCUAUUUGCAUUGUCGGAUAUAUCAUUUUCCCCGACGUUCCUCACCGCUCUAAACCACGGUUCCUAACAGCGACCGAGCACGAUAUUGCCAACAUUCGCCUAAAAGGUCUAACAGCGCCAAGCGAACUAAAAGUCUCCCGGGCCAUCUUCAAGCGAGUCUUCGGCCGAUGGCAUUGGUAUGUCUUUGUCGUGCAUUGGACCUUAAUGGACCAAAACUUCACACCGUACUCGACGCCCUUUAGCCUAUAUCUCAAGGCUAAGCCAGAUAUCUACUCUGUCUCACGGGUGAAUACUUUGCCGACAAUCGCAACGGCCCUGUCUGUCGUAGCCGCGCUAGUAGCGGGCGUAACCGCGGAUCGCCUGCGAAAUUUCUGGAUUCCUUCCGUGGUGACCAGCAUUCCCGUCCUGGUCGGUGUUAUUUUGCUUGUCUAUAAUAAUGUUGGUGAAACGGGCCGACUGGUGGGGUUUAUCAUCACCGGAUUCGAGGGCGCAAUUAGUCCGCUCACGAUGAGUUGGGCAACGAUCACCAUGGCCAAGGAUGCCGAGGAACGUGCUAUAGUUACGGCAAGCAUGAACGCGAUCGGUCAGGCCAUGGCAGCGUGGACCCAAAUUUUUCAAUAUCCAGCUAUUUCUGCCCCGAGCUUUCGAGCGGGAUUCAUCUCGAAUCUGGUCACUACUAUCGCACAAUUCUUGAGUGUUGGCUUGAUUGCCUUUCUCGUGCAUCGGGAUGCGCGAAAAGAGCGAAAAGAAUUAUGUUCUACUGUAGGGCAUACAUUUACCAUGGCCCCUCCAAUUGAGUCAGAAGUUACUUCUGAGAUCGAUACCCACGAUGUCUCUCCAACUAUCCGCUCUCGGUCGUCUUGGUACCGCUCUAUCCCAUUCCAAAUUGCCGUUGCUAGUGGUGUCUCAUUCACUGCCCCUGGAAUGUGGGAUGCACUGAACAACCUCGGAGCAGGUGGUGCAGCUGAGCCCUACGCUGUCUCCGCAGCGAACGCCCUGGUCUACGGAUUAUUUGCAGUUGUUUGUAUCGCCGCUGGUGCAAUCAACAACCGUAUUGGUCUUCGAUACGGUCUGAUUCUUGGUGCGAUCGGUUACCCGAUCUACGGUGCCGGUCUGUAUACUAACAACUACCAUCCCACGACAUGGUUCUUGCUCUUCGGCUCCGCACUGUGCGGUAUCUCAGCUGGAUUUUUCUGGGCUGCCGAGGCUGCUAUUAUUAUUGGUUAUCCUAGCCCCAAGGAUCGCGCUUUCUACAUUGCUGUCUGGCAGACCGCCAAAUCUUCCGGUCCGAUUAUCGGCGGUGCAAUCAGUCUGGGACUGAAUGCAUCGACUUCCCAGAAGGGAACAGUCAGCGCUGCAACUUAUAUCGUCUUCAUUGUCAUCAUGUGUCUCGGUCUGCCGAUUGCACUCCUACUCAGUCCUGCCGAGAAGGUGCAGCGCAAGGACCACUCUCUCGUGGUUGUGGAUAAGAAGGAGACUUGGGCCAAGGAAUUCAAGGCUGCCUUUUCUCUGAUCUUCACUCGCCGUGUCCUCCUCCUCCUUCCAGCAUUCUUCAUCAGUUACUUCUACAACGGCUUCCAGAGCACAUGGCUGACCUCCUACUUCACCGUUCGGUCUCGCGCAUUCUCCUCGUUCCUCACCAACUUUGCCGGAAUCGCGUCCUCGUUCAUCAUGGCGACUUUGCUUGAUCGCCAAUCCAUCUUCAUCAAAACCCGCGCCAGGAUCGCAUUCUGCACCAUCGUCGCCCUGAUCAUCGGCACGUGGAUUUGGGCUACCAUCCUGCAGAAGCAGUUCUACGAUGCACCCGAGCCCCCAAUGUUCGACUGGUUCACAAGCGGCUUCAACAAGGCGUACGCCCUGAUCUUCUUCUGGACCUUCAGUGGCCAAGCCUUCCAGCAAUUCCUUUACUGGCUGGUUGGCCAGUACAGCACCGACAUCUCAUCUUUGUCCUACCACUGCGGAAUUCUUCGCGGAUUCGAGGCUCUGGGACAAACCAUUGCAUGGGCGAUGCAAACCGAAGGUAAUGCCAACCACUUCGUCAGCAUCGGUCUCAACUUUGGAAUCACGAUUCUUGCCUUCUUCCCCACGUGGAUUGUUCUAUCUGAGUUGGAACACAGCCACGAGGUGCAGGUCACCGCGGAGGAAGUCGCACCCAAGACAGCGGGCGAAUCAACAGCCUAA